CCACCUUCGAGGGCGGGUUCCAGCCCUUGGGCUCGGCCCACGCCAGAGGCGGGGUUAAGUGAACUCCGGAAAGGUGGUGAUCCUGGCGCCUCUAGCUACGAAGUCCGGAUUGUGGGGAGCCAGGGGAGAAAGGAGAACAACGCCGGCGGCUUUGUGAGUCCCCACUGAAGGCACUCCCCCUUUAAGGAUAAAGAUAAGAAGAAAAAUGCCUUCCUUGAAAGACAAAGUUCAGACGGUGUUGGGCCUCAUAGAACCUAGUCAGCUUGGUUGCACCAUGACUCAUGAACACUUGACGAUGAACUUCAAUUGCUGUUAUUACCCACCUCCAUCAGGCCAAGAAGCACUGUCUAAUCAACCCAUUGAGAUGAAGAACUUGUUUUGGCUUAAGCAGAAUCCUUAUAGCAACAGAGAGAAUCUUCUCUUAUGUCAAGAGACAGAUGCGGUAAAGGAAGAGCUUUUGCACUAUAAGGCUGUAGGUGGUGGGACGAUAGUGGAAAACACAACCACAGGGAUCAAGCGAGACAUGAAGACCCUAAAGCAGCUCUCAAAAGAAACUGGAAUUCAUAUAAUUGCUGGAGCUGGUUUUUAUGUAGAUGCCACUCAUUCUGCUGAGACACGAGCAUUGUCAGUGGAACAGCUGGCAGAGGUUAUUAUUAAUGAAGUUACCAAUGGAGCAGAUGGAACCAACAUCAAGUGUGGCGUAAUAGGAGAAAUUGGAUGCUCUUGGCCUCUGACAGAGAGCGAAAACAAAGUACUUCAAGCCACUGCGCAUGCCCAGUCACAGCUUGGCUGUCCUGUUAUAAUCCAUCCUGGCAGGAAUAGUGAUUCUCCUUUUCAGAUCAUUCGGAUUAUGCAGGAAGCUGGGGCAGAUGUCUCCAAAACUGUCAUGUCUCACAUGGAUAGGACUAUAUUUGAUGAGAAGAAGCUGUUGGAGUUUGCAAAACUUGGAUGCUACUUAGAGUAUGACCUUUUUGGAACAGAAUUCCUUUUCUACCACAUGAGUCCAGAUAUUGAUAUGCCAAGUGACAAUGAGAGAAUUUUAAGAGUCCGGAUGUUGAUUGAUGAAGGCUAUGAAGAUAAAAUUGUUGUUGCUCAUGACAUACACACAAAGAAUAGACUGAAGAAAUAUGGAGGUCAUGGCUAUUCCCAUAUCCUUGAAAACAUAGUCCCCAAAAUGUUAGUUAGAGGCAUAUCACAAAAUAAAAUUGAUAAACUACUGGUAGAGAAUCCCAAAAGGUGGCUGACCUUUAAGUAAGAAAAAUUAAGUAUGCUACAUGUGAAGUGUCUGAGGUUACAUUUGCUACAGCAGGAAACAGUAAUUUGAAACACUAAUUCUUUAGAUAAACCCGUAAUAGCAAUCAGGUUCCCACAAAUUUAUAAGACUUCAUUUUACAGCGCAGCAGGCAUUCUUUCCAUAUAAUGUCAAGCGCAUUUCUUUGCAUUGCAAGCUUAGGAAUUGGUUUAACACAAGUUUUAACUGUAGAAAUUGUUGCUUGUCACAAGCCACAAUCGUUUGGAUCCCUCCUUCCAUGAUCAGUUGAGUUAAGCAUUUAUACCCAAAAGCUUUCCAAAUGGUGAUCUUAAAUAUGUAAAAUCAGUUAUAAAGAUGACAUGUGUCAAUUGCCCUAGUUUAGGAGUCUCACAGCCCAAUCUUAUGCAGGUGGAUUCAGAAGUCCCAUUAGCUUAAAGGUCUUACACCCAAGUAAAUAUAUAUAGUAUUGCAACUGUAAGUGGUAAUGCAUUUAUUGAUGUUAUUUAAAUGGGCUUUCUAAUUACUGAUAUUACUGCUAAUCAGCUACAUACUGUUAAAUUCUCAGAAUUUUUUUUAAUGUCACAUUUAAAUCUUUAAAAUAAAAGAUGACAAUUAAAGCAUAAGAAAACAAUCCUA